AUGUCAAACAUCCUUCCCCCCAAUCAAGUUCUUAUAAAGAUAACUACUAAGAUUUGGAUCAAUCUCAUAAUCUUAUGUUUUUUAAAAGCCACCUCAUCACUCUCUGGACCCUCGGAGGUGAAGAGUUCGGUUGGUGAAACAGUUCACAUCUCCUGCCAGUAUCACCAGUUCAACAGGGACAAGGUCAAAUACUGGUGCAGGGGUUACCACUGGUACUACUGCACUGUUAUCAUUCGAUCUGAUAAACCUAAACAUCUGACCAGUGAUGUUCAGAUAUUGGAUGAUAAAAGCCUUGGGUUAUUCACAGUCAGCAUGAAGGGAGCAACAGCUGAGGACAGUGACUGGUACUGGUGUGCAAUUGAAAGAGCCAGCAGAACUUUGGCGUUUCGUCUUCGGCUGACUGUAUCUGAGUUGCUUGUAUCUCGGCUCACAACAGAAACCACAAAAGAGUAUGACGAGACCUCAACUUCCCUAGCAACGUCAACUCAUCUUGAGAGAACAUCACGGUCCACACCUUGUAUGACUCAAACAACAAGUCUCAUAUCUGCUACAAGCGAUUCAACAAGUGUGACAGUGUCCUUGGAUCAAGAUGAUCCGGUGUGGAAAGUAUGGAGAAUAUUACGCUGGAUGCUCUUCCUCUUCCUGUGCCUUUUCCUUCUUCUCUUCAGCAUACUAUGUCCUCACUGA